UUCAGAGAAAGAGAAACUGUCUCACAGUGUUAAAGAACCCAACGAUGGCAGAAGCUCAGGCUGAUUCCUCUGCUGGAUCCAGAGACGUGGAGUGUGAUUUCUGCACCGGGAGAAAACUCAAAGCUGUAAAAUCCUGUCUGACAUGUCUGGUCUCCUUUUGUGAAGCUCACCUCUCGCCUCACUACCAGGUUCCUGCUCUGAAAAUCCACAAACUGAUCCAACCGUCCAAAAAGCUGCAGGAGAAGAUCUGCUCCAAACACGACGAAGUGAUGAAGAUCUACUGCCGUACUGACAGAACCUGCGUCUGCUCUUUAUGCACCAUAGAUGAACACAAAGGCCACGAUGCAGUUUCAGCUGCAGCAGAAAGAGCUGAGAAACAGAAUGAGAUAAAGGAGAUUCAGAGAAAAUUCCAGGAGAAAAUCCAGGAGAAACAGGAGGAGCUUCAGGAGCUGAAAGAGAAGAUGAACAUUCUUAAGCUCUCUGCUCAAACAGCAGUGAAGGACAGUGAGAAGAUCUUCACUCAGCUGAUCCGAUCCAUCGAGGAAAAGCGUCAUGAGAUAACGGCACUGAUCCAAUCUCAGGAGAAGACCGAACUGAGUGCAGCUGAAGAUCUCCUGAAGGAACUGGAGCAUCAGAUUUCUGAUCUAAAGAGGAGAAACGCUGAGCUGGAGAAGCUUUCGCUCACAGAGGAUCACAUCCAUUUCCUCCAGAGCUUCCAGUCUCUCCGUGUCUCUCCGGAAAUAGAGGAACCGUCCGGCAUCACUGUCCAUCGCCGUCCUGAUUUUGAUGGAGUGAAGACAUCUCUCUCUGAGCUGAAACAGAAACUGGAGGAGUUCAGCACUAAGGAGUUUGUAAAAAUUGAUUUACGGGCUGCAAAAGUUCAGAUCCCCCCAAAACUGAAGACCAGAGAAGAUUUCCUGCAGUAUUUCUGUCAGCUGACUCUGGAUCUCAACUCUGCACAAAAUCACCUCUCGAUAUCUAGGAACAACAGGAUGGUGGUGCGAUGUGCUUUACCGCAGGGUUACCCUAAUCAUCCAGAGAGAUUUGACUGGUGGGCUCAGGUCCUCAGUAAGGAGGGGAUGACUGGACGUUGUUACUGGGAAGCUCAGUGGAGUGGAGAAAACUUGUCCAUAGCCGUCUCAUAUAAAGACAUCAGCAGAAAAGGACAAGUACGACGAAGUGGGUUUGGUUGCGGAAAUCGGUCGUCCUGGAAUCUCCAGUGUUCUUCUCCUCCCUAUAUGGCCCAUAAUGAAGUUCAUACUACAAUUCCAGUUCCUGUAACCUCCAAAAUAGGAGUGUAUAUGGAUCACACUGAAGGAAUUCUGUCCUUCUACAACGUCUCAGACAGAAUGACCCACCUACACACCGUCCACACCACCUUUACUCAGCCCGUCCACGCCGGCUUCAGACUGUGGUCUCCUUCAUCUGUAAUGCUGUGUGAUAAAAGUCAGGAGGAUAAUACUGUAUUUACCAGGGCAAAGAAGAUAUCUGCUAUUUUUUUUACAAGCUAACAGUGGAUACUCAAGAUUUUAAUCACAGUUUUUUUCAUGCAUCUUGGCAUCAAGUUCUCCUCCACCAGUCUUACACACUGCUUUUGGAUAACUUUAUGCUGCUUUACUCCUGGUGCAAAAAUUCAAGCAGUUCAAUUUGGUUUGAUGGCUUGUGAUCAUCCAUCUUCCUCUUGAUUAUAUUCCAGAGGUUUUCAAUUUGGUAAAAUCAAAGAAACUUUUGAUAACCUUAUAAUAAUUCGCUUAUUAUCAGAAGUGUUAGGUAGCUAUGAACAAAGACUUUGUUACCUUACAUAAGUAGAAAUGUUGGUUAUCUAUGCAUGAGUAUAUACUUGAGUAAUUAUUUUUAUUACAUUUUUGAAGAGCAUGUAUCAU